AUGUCUCCUGCUGAGAGGCUGAGUGUGCUCCUCUUCCCAGCUGGGUUCUUCGGGGGCUUGGGGGCCCUGUCCCUGAUGCUCUCCUUUGGGACAGACUACUGGCUGCUGGCCUUGGAGACCUGUGGUCCUGGGGGGGCAUCAGAGACCUGGGAGGCUGGGGCCCUCAGACCUGGGGAGGGGGAGAUGGAGGAUCAGGACACUGUGACAUUCUUCCACCAGGGCUUCUUUUGGAGGUUCACCUUCAGUGGCAUGAGAGAGGAGAACAUGGUGUGGCACUUCUGGAUCACCAAUCAACCACACCAAAAGGUCUGUGUGCCUGCCUACCUCUUCCCAUUUUAUGCUUCUGAGCAAAGCACGGAUUACCAGGCACCUGACACUGCAGUCUACAGGGCCUCCUGGAGCAUCUUCCUUCUAGUGGGCGUGGUCACUGUUAUGAUUGGUGGGUUUGUCAUCAUCUGUGUCUCUCCAUUGGCCAGCCACAGGCUCUACAAAGUAGGCGGGGCACUCUUGCUCACUGGAGGUCUAUGUCUCCUGGUUGUAAUAAUGAUGUAUGUAGUCUGGACCCAGGUACUGGACACUCUGGAGGACUAUGCUGCCCAGCAACAACACUCCUCUCAGUGUCCAACAGUCUACCACCUCAGCGUCCAAUACGGCCUCUCCUUCCUGUUUUCUCCCGUCUCCGUCUUCUUCUUCCUGCUGGCAGCACUGCUCUUCAUCCUGAUUGGACGAACAGUGCGGAGGUGCCAUCACAAAGUGCCAAUGUAGUGACUGAGGGGGGAAACAGCCAGAGAGGAAGUUGGGAAUGAACAGUGACUCUAGUGCCAUAAAGGCCCAGACCUCCAUGUUCAGUCUAUAACAAGAGCCAGUAGUGACUGAC